AUUUGGGUACCAAUCUUGGAGGUAAAAACAGGCCAAUAGCCUAUCUAAAUAAAAACACGUGGCAGGCUGUUAAGCCAUAUUGGCAUAUAGAGAAUUGUGGAACCUGGAACUAUAAAAAUUGAGAGAGCGGAGCCUGCGUCGGGGAGAUGAGGAGUACAUAGGUUUGAGGAAAAAUGCAAGGUGUUGCAGGGGUAGUGGGAGGGAAAUCAACAAUAUUAUUUUAUAAUAAAGAUUGUGUCCCAACCAGAAGAUUCACAAAGCCUCAUCUCCACUUGAGCAAAUGUCUCCUCCAAUCUCAGUCUAAAUCUCAAUUUCUAAGGUACAGGAAAUUGAUUCGGCUGAGAUUGACACAAGAUUCCUUUAGAGUUGAAGCGUCCAAUGCAGAUGUUGGAACUGGCAGAUAUGAGGAACAUGAUGAAAAAAAUCCACAGGAGCAAUUUUCUGUGGAUCAAUCCCAGAUUGAUAACGUUUCAAAUUUUGAAAAACAGACUGGGAGAAUGCACUUCAUUCGUUCAGUUUCAGUUGUGAUGGUUAUAGGCAUUGCAGUAGCUGCUGUAGUUACUCUUGUUCGUGGAGGUCCAUCGGCCCUCAUGGCUACAAUUUCAAAAUCAGGCUUUACUGCUGCAUUUUCGUUGAUAAGCGUCUCUGAGAUUGGUGAUAAAACAUUCUUUAUUGCUGCGUUAUUGGCUAUGCAAUAUACAAAAUGGAUGGUUCUUCUUGGAUCUAUGGGAGCAUUAUCAUUAAUGACUGUUAUCUCUGUUGUAAUUGGGAGAAUCUUUCACUCUGUUCCAGAGCAAUUUCAAACUACAUUACCUAUAGGAGAAUAUGCAGCAGUAGCUUUACUUCUGUUCUUCGGAUUGACGUCUAUUAAAAAUGCUUGGGAUCUUCCAUCUCAAUCCCCAAAGAGUGGAGGCAGUGAACAUGAGCUUGGCGAACUUGUUGAAGCAGAGGAGCUGGUGAAGGAAAAGGUUUCAAACAAGCUGACUACACCAGUUGAAAUUAUUUGGAAGUCUUUCAGCCUUGUGUUUUUUGCUGAAUGGGGAGAUCGUUCUAUGUUAGCUACCAUUGCCUUAGGUGCUGCACAAUCUCCUUGGGGUGUUGCAACUGGGGCCAUUGCUGGGCAUGCUGCUGCUACUUCUGUUGCUGUUUUAGGUGGAUCCUUUCUUGCUCAGUAUAUUUCAGAAAAAAUGGUUGGCUACAUAGGUGGUGCUUUGUUCCUUUUAUUUGCUGUGGCAACACUUUUGGGAGCUUUUUAGACAUUUAUAGUAUUAAUUAUGAGCCCCACCUUCUUUCUCUGUGUUCAUCUUCUAAAGGCUAAGUUUCGUCAUGCGACAUCUAAUGUUCCAUUUGUAAAGGCAUACAUAUGGCAAGACAGCUGAGCACAACUUGAAGUGUUUGAUGCUCUAAUGCAGACUGUUUCAAUUGGUUUUUUAAAUAGAAGAGAAAUGGUCUGUGGGAAAAUGCAAACCAACUGAAAAUAUGUUCACCUAUUCAAAAUCUAGAUCAUUCAUUGGUUGUUUUUGCUUGUACAUGGCAUUGAAGUGGAGUAGCAUUACUUUAUUUGACAUCUUACCCCUACUUCUAAGGGUUGUUACGAUUCCAGAGAAUAAUUUUCAUACCUUACAAAUCCCAUUGUGUAUAUCCUAGCUCUAUUUGUAUCAAACUUCGUAAGAGUUGACAGAGAGUUUGGAUGAUGGCAAAAUGGCUGCUGUCAUGUUUCAAAGUUUGCAGAACAAGUCAGAUCCCAAAAGCCUCAUAAUUAACUGUGAACUCAAAGCUUAUGCCUUUUAGUUUUAUUUUGAAUAAAAUCUUUAAAAAAGAGUUUGCAUUGUAAUGUUAAA